UUGGGAAAACUGAAUCAUUAUUGAUUAGAGUGUGGCUUAUAAACAAACAUAAUUGGACAGAUCAACGUUUUAAUUUUUUGAUCCUCCAUGUGAAAACGUAAUUUUGAAAAAUUUUGUAAAUUUCCUAAAUGAUGGAUGCGCAACUGGUGGACCGAAACGUCUCGUGCGGUUUCUGGGUAUACGUUGGGAACCUCCGGAAGGAAACAACCGAGUGGCAUCUCCGAACUUUCUUCCAAGGAUGUACCGGAAUUGUUUCUAUUGAAUUCCGGCUAGAAAGUGAUCAGUACUGUCCGACAAAGGUGGCGUUUAUCAAAUUUAGGAGCCGCUUGGAGCAGUUGACUGCAUGUUUGCUUAAUCAAGGAAUGUUGCUCAACAAACGAUUACUGAUAUGCUGCCCGGAAUGGGAAUGGCUUUUCUCUCCGAGCUUUUCGGUAAUGGUUAAAAAUUUGAAUGAUGAUAUUGACGAAGAAGAUAUUUUCGUUAUGUUCCAAGCAUUUGCACCGGAGUGCGUCCAAAAACCUGCGUAUAAUCAUGCAUACGUUUCGUUUGUAAAUCCUGUGACAGUUUCUCGGGUACUAGAGAUCAAACGGUUUGUUUUUAAGGACGCCAAUCUUGAAAUCCACCCCCUAAGAAGAAAUAUUCCCAUGCUUCUCGAUACACCCAUAAAGCGAGAAUUUUUAAGCAUUGGAGAAAAGUGUUACGAAUUUGGAUUGAGAUAUGCAAUUGAGGCUGAAACAGGAUGUACAUUGCUUGUUACAAAUAUUCCCCGUCAAGCUUACGAGGAGGACAUUUUGCAGUAUCUAAGCAAUUUUGGGAGAAUCGUUGAAUGGAAAAUGGUCACGUCUCCGUUUUCAGUAUUUACCAACAAUGGGUUCGUGACUUACGAAAAUGCUGAUACGGCCAAAUACGCAUAUUUGUAUGGUUCCCAUUAUUUUCAAGGAGUUUCGCUUGAGAUAUACAAUCCGCACAUCACAUACGGCGAAGACACAUCCUUCUUAGCAGUUAUGAUACAAAAAACCAGUGUGUACCUCACGAAUGAAGAUAUUUAUCAAGCAAUGAGUGCUUGUGGUCGCGUCACUUACAUACGUCGUGUGAAUACGAAAAUGUGUACCAUUGUGCGAUUUGAUUCGGCGCAAUCUGCUGAAAGAGCACUCAACGUGAACGAGAUUGCCGGCGAGAGCGUGUACCUGACGUGGUAUGACAAAAGCAAAUUCAACGAUUUUUGCAAGAAUCCACAACCGUGUUCCGUUCUUCCAGAGAAGGAAAGUUUGUUAGGAAUGAUAGUCGAUAUUGAAAAUCAUUCGAGACUUCAAACGACCCCAAAUUCUAGUUACUAUAACCCAAAGCCGGGUAGUUAUGAAGUUCAAGUAUUGAACUAUCCUAUUCAUGCGAAUUUGAAUACAUUUCGACAAUUCUUUAAAAGAUGUGGCUUCAUUACUCGAAUUCGCGAAUUGUUCAUAGCAAGAAACACGUUGGGAAAGGCAGCUUUCUUGAGUUUCAAUUCAAUGCUAGAAGCCAGACGAGCCUGUGGUAUGAAUCAAAUGAUAAUGAAUGGAAGGCGAUUACUUAUUUUUCUAGCUUGUGAGAAACUCGAAAUCGAUCCCGAUCGAUGCGUAGACGUUGUCGGCAUACCAGAAAAUGUCACAGAUGAUCAAAUCUAUGAACGGUUCCACGAUGCUGGUGACAUAAGAUUUGUGAUACGAAAAUCUGCGAAAAAGGCGAUUGUUUGUUUUGAAAAAAGUGCUAUUCUGCCUGCUGACAAACUUGGUGGACAAAAUGGAGAAACAAAAAGUAAACCUAUAGCAAGAUACAAAAAUCUGGUUGAUUUUGCAAUUGGUAUCAGUAGGUUUUCGAAAUUGGAUGGUAUUCCUCCAACAGGACCAAAUGUGUUCGCUUCGAAUAUUAUUCCAUUGCGAAAUUUAUUAGUAGAAGCCCGCCAGAAAUUUGGGAUAAUGAACCCUUCUAGCGUAUCGUCUAAUAAACGAACUGCAGAACAGUUUUCUAAUGCUGAAUUCAACGGACAAUCGGCAGAGGUGCCGCCAAGAGAGCCAGAACUGAAACGAUAUGAUUCAAUGAUUUGUCAAGAUACGGCAAACGCGUCAAGCAACAAGAAAGCAUUCCAACAAUUGAACAUGACAGUCGAAAUGCAACGUCUGAUGCAGUUCGUAGAUAAAGGAAUGAUUACCGUGAAACAAUAUAUUUUCCUACCGAAAAAAGACAAGUUUUUCCUAAUUCAGGGAAUUGUGAAUCUUCUGAACAGUGAUUCCAAGUUCAUUAAAAUGCCUGCAGAGGAAAAGAUUGAACACCUAGUCGAUAGACAGAAUGGCUUCGAUUUUGCUGUUCCAUUUAGGCAACUAUCGCAUGGAAGAAGGUUGCAACUUUUGUCACUUAUAGAAACAGACUAUCUCGAGAAUAUUAUUAAAGGAGAUUUAAUUAUUGAUCAGAUUUUUACGACUGAAAUAUUUGCGAAGAAGAGGAUACAACAUGACAAAUUUUCCGGUCAAUCAAAUAUCAGUUCUUUGUCGGACAUGGAUCACUUAGCACUAGUGAACGGCAUAAUGAAGCAAUUCCAGUUGCUGCCACAGUUGCUAGACAUGCCGGAUAUUGACCAAAUCAUUUUUUUGGCAUCUGGAUCCAACGGAUUUGAAUUUGCUAACAUGUUUGCCAAUUUAACAAGGGCAGACCAGUCAAGUAUGUUACAAAAUAUAAAACAAAAUCUUUGCAAUACUAGUGGGCUCAUAGAGCGAUCUUCAUUAUCAUAUGAGAAAAACGUAUCGCAUGUAGAUUAUAAAGCAACGGAGGAAACGCAGACAGCAAAUGCGGUUCUAAAUCCCCAGUUACCCUAUUAUUCGCAGCCAUCUCACUUCCAUGCAAAGUAUUCGAGUUCGUCACAAGGUUUUAAGGUAAUCGUAAAACCAGCGCCGUCAGGGACAACAACUUUCGAUGCUCAGUUACCUUAUUAUUCCCAAAUAUCCGAUCCUGUAUACCAACAUAUAGUUCAAAAACCGCCCCAACUUUACGUGGACACACCAACACCUUGCUUCAUGACGGUGAGUAGUAUUGCCAGCAACAGUCAUUUCGACACGAUAUUGGAUAACGAGCCUCGGAAACUAUUCGAUCUCGCCACUAGCAGAAUAAGUUACAGUCGUUCAUCACCAAGGGGUCGCUCGCGUUCGAGAAGUCGUUCGCGAUCGAGAAGUCGUUCGCGAUCGAGAAGUCGUUCGCGAUCGAGAAAUCGUUUGCGUUUCAAAAGUCAAUCAAACAGUAGAUCCCGGUCUAGGUCACCUCGCCCACGGACAAAGGAUCGGCACCGCAAUCGUUCUCGAUCGAAUGAACGAAUUUCGCCUCCGCGGUGGAGGUUAUUCACAGAAAAAGAGAUCGCCUCAUUAGAAAAGGAGUCAAAUGAAACACCAAGCGUUAUUCUUGUGUCUAAUUUACCUCCUAAAAUCAAUAGAAGAAACCUGUCGGAAACGUUUGGCGCUUUCGGGGAAAUCAUAUCAAUUCGGCUGGAAACCGAUGUACAUGGAAAUUCUGAUAAACCCAUGCAAGCUUUCAUUGAGUAUGACACAUACAAUCAAGCAGUUGGAGCACUCGAAAUGCACUUGACUCGCUAUCGGGGUUACUUGAUACGAGUAUGCUUCGCCAAUAAGCGGCCGACACCACAGUUGGAGACAGCUAUAUCGGUUUCCGUCAAAGCAUAUGAACUAGACGAAAUGUCUGUUUUUGAGACAUUCAAAACCUGUGGCACCAUAGCUAAUAUCUGGUGGAAGCAAUCCAAAUAUUUAUUCUUCUAUUUGGUCGUGUUCAAGCAACGGUUAGCAGUCGCGUCUGCUAUGGAAAUAAACACCCUCAUCAACGGAAAGAGGUGCUCUGUAAUGCGACCUCACUGAGCAUGAGGUUAAAAUGUACAGCAUUAUAUAUGGUACAUGAGAUUCAUUUUUGAUAUACUUCCAAUUGCUCUAUGCUACGACAAUUGAAAUGUCGAAUAAUAUUCAUUAUUUCUAUUCUAGUUCUAUUUAUUUCUAAAUAGAUUCGGUAGUAGAGAAAACCUUAUUCAUGGAUUUUCUUAAAAAAGCACCACUUAUUCUCAUCUCAUAUGUUCUACAAAUAAUGUAUAUAAUACUUGAGUUUCACGGCUUUUGAAAGCAUAACAUAAUUGAAUUCAAUUUAAGGUAUUGUCGAGCUUGAUUGUACAGUUGGAAAGAGAUAAAUUUAA